AUGCAAAGCGGCGACGCGAACAUUGGCUCGGCUCAGCAACCAACCCAAUCCGCGUCGCAGCUCCUUUCGACCCUCGUGCCGGUCUUACUGUACGCCAUAGUAUGGUUCGUUCUUUUCCUCCUCCUUAGGCGGCCAUUCAAGCGUUACUACCAACCAAGAACAUUCCUGGGCAGUCUCCGUCCGGAGGCUCGCUCGCCGCCCCUCUCUGACAGCUUGUUCGGCUGGAUUGGCCAGUACACCAAGCUUCCGGAUACAUAUGUACUCAACCACAACUCAUUGGACGCUUACCUUUUCCUCCGAUUCCUCAAGAUCGCGGUCAUCAGUUGCGCUGUCGGAUGCAUCAUCUGCAUACCCGUCCUCUUUCCGGUAUACGCGACAGGCGGCGCCGGCGAGCAGCAGCUCGACAUCAUCACUUUCUCCAACCAGGCCAACUACUGGAGAUACUUCGCUCCAUGCGGCUGCGCUAUCCUCUUCUUCAGCUUCCUGCUCUAUCAGAUCACGCGCGAGUCCAUCUUCUACAUCAACCUGCGCCAAGCCUACCUCAUGUCGCCAUUAUAUGCCUCUCGCAUCUCAUCCCGGACAGUGCUCUUCACAUCUGUGCCCAUGGCGUACAUGCAUGAAGGGAAGAUGCGCGCCGUGCUUGGCUCUGGCGUCCGUAGGAUGUGGUUCGCCAGCGACACCAAAGAGCUCGAGAAGAAGGUGAAGGAGCGCGACAAGGCUGCUAUGAAGCUCGAGGGAGGCGAGACCAAGCUCAUCGUCACAGCCAACAAGGAGCGACUCAAGGCUGAGAAGAAAGGUCACCGCUCCGGCUCGGAGGAAGCUGCCAUUGGCGAAGGCUCUGGCGCUCUUGCUGCCCAAUAUCUGAAACCCAAGCAGCGUCCUACUCAUCGCCUUAAGCCGCUCAUUGGCAAGAAGGUUGACACCAUCGAUUGGUGCCGAUCUGAGCUGAAAAGACUUAUCCCGGAAGUCGACCGCAUGCAAGCUGCGGAGAAGGCAGGCGACAACAAGAAGCUGAGCUCGGUCUUUGUCGAGUUCGAAACCCUGUCGGAAGCACAGGCAGCAUAUCAGAGUCUUACGCAUCACCAGCCUCUUCACAUGGCCCCUCGCUACGCGGGUAUCAACCCAGGUGAAGUCAUCUGGAGCAACCUAAAGAUCAAGUGGUGGGAGCUCGUCAUUCGAAAGCUCGCCACGACCGGCUUCGUCUGUGCGCUUAUCCUUUUCUGGUCCAUUCCUGUUGCUGCAGUUGGUGCCAUUUCCAACAUCAAUUAUCUCGAGAGCACUACGGCCUUCUCUUGGCUGCACUACAUCUUCGACCCGAUUCCGUCCGUUGUUCGCGGUGUCGUCACGGGUCUUCUACCUGUCAUCUUGCUCGCUGUGCUCAUGGCUCUCCUGCCCAUCAUCUUGCGAUUGAUGGCGAGACUCGGCGGCGACCCGACCGCUAGUGCGGUGGAACUGACUGUGCAAAACUCUUACUUCGCCUUCCAGGUGGUGCAGGUCUUCCUCGUGGCCACUCUCGGUUCCGCUGCAUCUUCGGUCGGUGGCCAGAUCGCCCAACAACCCACAUCAGCCAUCAGUAUCCUCGCCAACAACCUACCAAAAGCCAGCACCUUCUACCUGUCGUACUUCGUUCUGCAGGGUCUCGGUGUCGUCUCCGGCACACUUGUCGGUCUCGUCGGCUUGGUCAUCUUCAUCGUCCUCGGCAAACUGCUCGACAAGACGCCGCGCAAGAUGUACAAGCGAUGGAUCUCCCUCUCUUCAAUGGGCUGGGGUACUGUCUUCCCGGUCUACACCAAUUUGUUCGUGAUCGCUAUCUGCUAUGCGGCGAUCGCACCCCUGGUCCUCUUGUUCGCCACCAUCGGCCUUUAUCUCUUCUACCUCGCUUACCGCUACAACCUCCUGUUCGUGUCGAACCCCAACAUCGAUACCAAGGGCCGCGUCUACCCGCGUGCUCUGCAGCAAGUGUUUGUCGGCAUCUACCUGGCCGAGCUCUGCCUCAUCGGUCUGUUUGCGAUUGGUACUGCCAAGUCAAAGGGCGCCAUUGGCCCCCUGCUCCUGAUGAUCUUCUUCUUGGUCUUUACUGUCUUGUACCAGGUCAGCCUCAACUCAGCUCUAGCUCCUCUUAUCAACUACCUCCCAAAGACAAUCGACGCCGAGGAGCGCCGCUUACUUGAGCUGGAGCAUGGCGGAGCCGUUAACGGUUACCAGAACGGUGCAGCGGCUAAGGAAGGCCACGACGCUGGUUUCCACCCACUCGAUGAGAAUCUCGACAAUGGCGUGCCCCAAAAGAAGCCAAACUUCUUCACCCGCUGGUUACGGCCGGACAAGUACGAAAGCUACCAGGCGAUGCGCCGCCUGGUGCCGAAGGAUAUCGCCAUUGAGUACUCUGCGGAGGAUGAGCGGAGUGCUUUCUGGCACCCAGCCAUCAAAGGCGAAACUGCGCUUCUUUGGAUCCCGCGUGACCCCGUCGGCAUCAGCAGGCAAGAAGUCCGCGACACAAACCACAUCAUCCCGAUCACGGACGAGGGUGCGUAUCUAGACGACAAGGGCAAGAUUGUAUGGGAUGCGCAGGAUGGGCGUCCUCCGAUUUACGAGGAGACGCCAUAUUACUGA